UCAGGUGAGCACAAGAUGAACAUGUGCACACCGCAAGGUCAGAGGCUAGCAGCAUCAAACAUGUCAAGAAGCCGGGCAAUCUUGCGUCUCCUCCUGGCCCUUUGCAUCCUCUCCUGCAACACAUCCAUUUCCUCCUCCGCGUCCACCGCCGAUGCAUUCCUCCACUGCCUCGCCGCCGCCAUCCCGCCCCAUCUCCUCCACACCCCGCCCUCCCCGUCCUACUCCCCGCUCCUGCUCUCCUCCGCCAGGAACCUCCGCUUCGUCACGCCCGGCACCCCACGGCCUCUCGCGAUCGUCGCCGCCGGGGAGGCCUCCCACGCCCAGGCCGCCGUGCGCUGCGGCCGUCUGCAGGGCGUCCGUGUCCGCGUGCGCAGCGGCGGCCACGACUACGAGGGCCUCUCCUACCUCUCCCUGGACCCCCGCGAGCCCUUCGCCCUGCUCGACCUCGCCGCGCUCCGCGCCGUCCGCGUCGACCCCGCGCGCGCCGAGGCCUGGGUCGGGUCCGGCGCCACGCUCGGCGAGCUCUACUACGCCGUGGCCGCCGCGAGCCGCGCGCUCGCCUUCCCCGCCGGGGUCUGUCCCACCGUCGGCGUCGGCGGCCACCUCUGCGGCGGCGGCUUCGGCACGCUGAUGCGCAGGUACGGUCUUGCCGCCGACCACGUUCUCGACGCCGUCCUCGUGGACGCCAGCGGGAGACUCCUGAACAGGACCACCAUGGGGGAAGAUCUCUUCUGGGCCAUCAGGGGUGGCGGCGGCGAGAGCUUCGGCGUCGUGCUGUCCUGGAAGCUCCGGCUCGUGCGCGUGCCGGAGUCGGUCACGGUGUUCACCAUCCGUCGGUCACGAAACCAAUCUGCCACCCAUCUCAUAGCCAAAUGGCAAGAAAUCGCGCCCGCCCUGCCCCCCGACCUCUACCUACGGGUCGUCGUGCAUAACCAGGACGCUCAGUUUCAGUCCCUGUUUCUUGGCCGAUGCGACCGCCUCGUCCGCCUCAUGCGAGCUCGCUUCUCUGAUCUUGGAAUGGUUCGAGCAGACUGCGAGGAGAUCACCUGGAUCCAAUCCACCGUGUACUUCGCGUUCCGCUCCAGCUCCAAGCCAUUAGAGCUGCUCUUGGACAGGGGUACCAAGCCAGACAGCUAUGUGAAAGCUAAAUCUGACUACGUGCAAGAAGCAAUCCCAUGGCACGUCUGGGAGAGCACAUGGACAUGGCUGGCGAAGCAGGAAGCCGGGAUCCUCAUCCUAGAUCCCUACGGCGGCGGAAUGGGAAGCGUCGCGCCGUCUGCAACGCCUUUUCCCCACCGGAAGGGGAAUCUAUACAACCUCCAAUACUACUCCUCCUGGUCUGAGAAUGGAACAGAUGCAUUUGAUAAGCAUAUGGCCUGGGUCAGAGGUCUGUACAAGCAGAUGGAGCCAUAUGUAUCCAAGAACCCAAGAACUGGGUAUGUGAACUACAGAGACCUGGAUCUUGGCAGGAAUGAAUUGGGCAGCAAUGUGACCAGCUAUGCAAAGGCUAGAGUUUGGGGGGAGAAGUACUUCAAGGGCAAUUUUGAGAGGUUGGCAGCAGUCAAGGCCAUGGUGGAUCCUGGUGACUUCUUCAGAAAUGAGCAGAGCAUCCCACCUCUUCCUGCUGUAAAGGGAUGGAACUCCAUGUGAUUGGAGGUUUGUCUUUCUAAGGACAACUCCAAUUUUUGAAAAAAUAAAGGAUUUGAAUGUGGCUGUUGUU